AUGACCAUCCACCUAGCUGACCAGCCGUCACACGGAACUUCCCUGAGCCCGAAUCAGGACGCAAGCCGUUUCGAUCAAGACGCCUUGGAAUACAGAGAGCCUCCGCAGGCAGUUGAUAGAGCCCAAUCCACUCUGGACCCGGAGAAACAGACAUGGAAAGAGAGUGAGCAGACGCUGCAGACAGAAGUCACGGUGGAGGGGGUCAAAGAAGAAUCAUACACCAAAGAGAAAUCCGAAUCCAAAGUGGAAGAGGGAUCAGUCCUACGACGUCCCGCCUCCAUCACCCGGCAGAAUACCGCUCAGUCGGUCGCGGCUGCGCCGUUCACUUCGUACUGUUGUGACCUCGAAAGGCCUCAUAGCCAUGGGGCGUCUGGUUCAGCCCAUUUUCGGCGCUCGUCGUCCACUUCUGCCCCGACCCUGAACGAAGUGGCGACUAGUCUAGCCAACGUCAGCAGAGUCUCGACCGAUGCUUACGGAAACACGUAUCCAGAAGGCGGACGACAAGCAUGGCUCUGUGUGCUCGGGUCAUUUUGCGGUCUCAUGGCCGCUCUUGGUCUGAUGAAUACUUUGGGAACAUAUCAAGCAUACCUCUCCACACAUCAACUACGCGAUUACACGUCGAGCACGAUCGGGUGGAUAUUCGGCAUCUAUGCCUUUCUGUCCUUCUUUUUCGGCAUCCAGAUCGGUCCGAUUUUUGACGCCAAGGGCCCCCGCUGGCUUGUCUUGAGCGGCUCGGUUCUCAUGCUCGCCUCACAUUUGCUGAUGGGCGUCUGCCACCGGUACUGGCAGUUCUUGAUCGUCAUUGGCAUCCUGGGCGGCUUGGGUACUUCACUUGUGUUCACUCCGGCUAUUGCUUCCAUCGGCCACUUCUUUCUUCGCAAACGAGGACAGACCACGGGCCUGGCGGCGGCGGGGGGCUCCCUCGGCGGAAUUGUGUUUCCGUUGACACUCCAAGCGCUUUUCCCCAAGAUCGGAUGGGCUUGGUCGACCCGAGUCUGCGGACUGAUCAACCUGGUGCUGCUGAUCGUGGCCAAUCUCUUUAUCACAUCCCGCCUCCCGCCUCGGAAGGCCACAAAGGAGAACAUCCUUCCUGAUAUUCGCGUGUUCAGGGACCCGGUGUUCGCAUUGACAACCAUGGGGGUGUUUUUCGUGGAAUGGGGUCUUUUUGUUCCCCUGACUUUCUUGAGCAGCUAUGCCUUGUACCAUGGGGUGCCGACCGACUUGUCCUACCAGCUGAUAGCCAUCUUGAACGUCGGGUCGUGCUUUGGGCGGUAUUUCCCGGGGCUUGUCGCUGACCGGUUCGGCCGGUUCAAUGCCAUGGUCGUCACGAUUUUCAUGUGUCUGGUGUCAACACUGGCGUUUUGGCUGCCGGCCGGUGGAUCGGUAGCGCUAAUGAUUGUAUAUGGCAUUGUGUUUGGAUUCGCCUCGGGAUCAGGCAUCUCAUUGACCCCGGUAUGUGUUGGCCAGCUGUGCCGGGUCGAGAACUAUGGGAGGUACUAUGCGACCUGCUACACUCUGGUCUCUUUCGGGUCGCUGACGGGGAUCCCGAUCGCGGGACAAUUGGUUACCACGUGUAAUGGUGACUAUUGGGGGCUCAUCGUCUUCACCAUCUGCGCAUACGCAGCGGCAACGACGCUGUUUGUCGCGGCAAGGGUUGCAGGCGCUGGAUGGACUCUGAGGAGGGUGUUCUGA